GCCGAAGAGAAUAGUCGGUUAACUUAUUUAGAUGAAAAUAUGCGUAAUUUCUUAAAACAAAAUGUCUGUCCCCUCAACACAUUAGGACAGAUAUAAAACAGUGAAUGAGUGACUUUUUUCAUGCCAUUUCAAUUAAUAUUCCUGAUUAAGUGAAUAUUUACUUAGGUCGUAAUGGCGCUCGUAUGUGAUAUAAAAAGGUUUGCAUUAAUUUUUACGGCAAAAUUACACGAAUUGCGUUUCCGAGGCCAGAAAUAUGUUAAACUUAACGUUGAGAUCGAAUAAUUUCGCGUAAUUUUGACACGAGAAACAGCAAAACCGCCGUCAAAAUUGGCAAAAACGGCGUGGGAACACGCCCUACAUAGGCGAGCCUUCGCAAUGAGAUGGGCGCUUAUUUAAGCAAAAAAAAACUAUCAUCCAGCCCUGAAUUUGUCUUUUUUCGAGUAUUUCUAAAGGGGAUAUCGCAUCGCAUCGUCGAGGGCUGAAUUGUAGGUUUUUUUCGCCGUUGCACAUGCCAAAUUAUGACGCAAAUAAAUCGAUCCGAUACGAAGGUAAACAUUUAUCUAUAAAAACCGUAAUAAUUUUCAAAAUAAUCGCUUUAAUUUCGUUAAAAACACUAUCGUUCCCAACUUAAUAUUAGCAUAUUUCUAAAAUAGGUACGUAAAUAGAUAAUUUUGUGUACUGUAAAUAUAAUGGCCUCCAUUUUAUUAGACUUUGGCUGUGUGCUAAUAUGUCAGUAAUGGUAACAUAUUUGAAUUGAGGAUUCUUAUCGAAUAUUUUUUUUUGUUAAUUUAUCUUCACCGAGCAUGUUAACAUAAUAAUAUUAUCGUUUCCUCGGCGACAUUUAACAUCGAAUCUUAUCACGGUAAAAAACACGAAAAUUAAUGUCCUUGCCUGACCUCUACAGUGUGAGUGAGCAUAUGAGCACUUUAUAUGCUAACUGCAUAUGUUGACCUAAGUAGGUAUUUUGAAAAAUCAUUUUCAUUUAGGAUCCAGUUUUAUGAAUUCCAAUGCCUCCCAGGAGGACCCCCCGCCGGAGAAGCUCAACGAGGAGGACCUCGAAGACGGGGAGAUCGAGGACGACGAAGAGGAGGAGAUCGCCCAGCCGGCCGAGGUGCCCCUGGUGCUCGAUUGCCCGCCGCCCGUCCCCAAGCCGGCCGAUUUCCCCGUCGUCGCGGCCCCCGUCGCGCCCGAACCGCCCCCCGACAAGGAGAAGAAGCGCGACAGGGACCGGCCCGAGAAGCGCCGGCACGACGACAAGGGCAAGAAGCACAUGACCGAGGCCGAGAAGAGCAUCCUGCACUUGCGGAAGCGCGAGGAGAUGCAACGGAGGAAAUGGGAAAAAAUAAGGAGUAAGGAAUUUGAAGCACAAGACGACGAUUUCGCCAAGAACAUCGAAAAAACUCUGGCGACCAUAUUGAAUAAAAAAGAAAAAGAGGCGGCGGCUCUGGGAAGCGGCGAGGACUUGCCCAAAGAGGACGAGCCGAAGCCCAAGAAGCGGAAGAAGUGCGACAGGGAGAGAAAGAACAAACAGCGCAAGUCCGAUUCGCCCAAGUCGGAAAUGGACGAGAACGAUGUGAUGAAUAUGCGCGGCGGUAGCCCCAAGGGGGACGAGAACACGCAUUCGGGGUAUUCGGAGGAGAGUUUCGAAUCGGAAUAUUCCUCGGACCAGAACAAGCCCGAGGAGAAGACUAGGGAAAAUAAGAAGAAGCGAAAGAAAAAGUACAAAGACAAAAAAAAUAAGAACAAAGAACGAAAGCUAGACGAGUCCGCUUUAAUUGAUAAUCAGGAAGUUUGCGUAUUUUAUUUACAAGGAAAAUGUCUUAAGAACGACUGCCCUUAUUCCCACGAAGUUAGUCCCCCAAUGAAACUCGAACUAUGCAAAUUCUACCUGAUGGACUGUUGCGCUAAAGGUGAAAAUUGUUCAUAUAUGCAUUCUGAAUUCCCUUGUAAAUUUUACCACACAGGUUUAAAGUGCAGUCAAGGGGAUGACUGUAAAUUCGCUCACGGCAAGGCCUUAUCUGAAAGUCUGAAACAAAUCCUAUUCAAGCACAUUGAGACGGCGCCGCGCGAAAUCUUGGGCGAAUUCCCGCGGAUGAGUCGCGAGGACGCGCUCAACAUAAUAAACGUAACGCAAGCGAAACUGCACGAACAAGGCGGGGAAAAUAAGCCGGAAGUUAAAGGUGGGAUACCGUCUUUGUUUGAUAUUAACGUACCCGUACCCCCUGAAUUGUUGCAAGGAUGUGAUGACGUAAAAUCUAAAACGGAAAAAGGCAUCCGAAACCGCCCGUCCAGAUGGCAAGAUCCCGACCCCAUCGUCGACCGCGAAUUCCCCAUCAAAUCCUUCAACUACCCCCAAGACCAAGACAUGCGAAUCAACAGCAACGGCGACGUCGACAUGCGCACGCUGCCGCCCCCGAAGAUCCACGACAACCAGGAGCUCGACUUGGAGCGGUACAAGCGCGAGGCGGGCGUGCCGCCGGCCGCCAAGCAGGACGUGGACAUCCGGCAGAUGGGCAUGCCGCCGUUCGCGGCCGCCGCCAAGGACGUGGACAUCAGGCAGCAGCCGCUGUUGGCGGCCAGCCAGGACGUGGACAUCAGGCAGCUGGCGCAGGCGUUCGCGCGGCCGCCGCCCGGCGACGACGCGGAGGACGAGCCGAUGCUGCAGAUCGACACGGGCGACGAGAAGGCGGACGAGGCGGGUUUCGACGUGCCGCCGGACCUGCCGAAGGCCCAGAGGGAUCUCUAUUUGAGGAUCAAGGCGAACCAAAAAGACAACGUCGUGGAAACGGAGAACAAAGAUAAAUACGACGUGGACGAGAAUAUCAAUUGGUAUUCGGACGACGAUGACGAGGAUGACAAUAGGCUUACGAUUAAAGUGGAUAACGACGACGCGAAAGACAUUAAAGACUCUUCUUCGGAGACGGUCGGCGAAUUGCCGAAAGCCGCGCCGGUCAUCAAGCCGCAGGAUGUCGUGGAGAAAUUGGGAGAUUUGUCCAAAAUCGAUAUAUCGGCGGAAGUUACCAAAUUAUUGACUUCGAUGAGUCAAGGUAAUUCGCAAUUUUCGUUUCCCAAACAACAACAACCAGCCGAAGUCGAUAGCUCCAGUCCCAUCGAACCUGAGCCGGUUAAAGUCUCGUCGGAUCCGAGGCUUUCAACUCGACAGGAUCCCAGAUUAAAUCCCGACAAGAACAGCGAUACUCAUCGUACCGAUCCUCGAUUGGCUUCCGAUCCUCGCCAAAGAUCGAGACAAAGCUCCACCGAUACAAAGAACGAUAAACUCAGUAUAUACGAACAAGGCAGUUUCAACAAAACCUCGACACCGUUCGAGGACGAUAUCGAUUUAAGAAAUUUUAAACCGGACGUGGACCUUAGGAGUCUCCAGUUACCGUUCAAGGGCAUGCAAAAUUACACGCCAGCCAGCGAAAUCGACGCGAGCGUCAGCUCCCACCCGCCCAUACACUGGAAACUGGAAAUAGUGGACAUUCCUCGACCGGAUUACACCGGCUUGAAGCUCAGCGUAAGCGACGCCGAGAAAACGGGCGAUCCUAGAUUGAGGAAGAUUUUCAGGCUCAGCACCGAGGAAAGAGACACCCCGUUGAGCCCGAAAGCCAGUCCCAAAGCCACGACAACGGUGAGAGUGGAUCCGAGACUGAGGAAAGCCGACGAGCCCAAAACCGAUCCGAUGUCAUCGGGGAUGAACUACAACCAGCAGAUCAACAUGUUGAGGAAAUCAGCGUUCUACCAAAGCCUCACCACCCAGCAGAAAAUGCUGCUAAACAACGAACUGAGCCAACGGAACGACGCGAAUUCGAACAGUCACGAUCCGGUGUUGAACAGCCUCCUGUCGAACUUGGAUCUUCUGCCGGGCGCGAACGUUCAAGUCAACCACACGCUGAAUUCCGCGCUGGCGCUGCUGACCAACGCGAAUCCCAAGUUGAAUUCGUUGUUCACUCAGAACGCGGCGAUGGUGGGGCCGCUCGGCGGGCCGGUGAUGAACCAGCCGGGUUUGUUGGGCGCCGCGCCCGGGAUACCCAACGAUUUUCCGAUGAACUUCGAUCCGAGGAACGGCGGUUUGUUGGGCAACGCGCCGUUGCCGUUCGGCGGGUUUCCUCCGCCGCAGGAUAAUCAGGGGAAUUUCAAUCAGUACGACGAUUACUAUCCUGAUAAUCAAGGACUCGGUCCUUGUCAGGGCGGUUUUUCGGGUGGUAACAGAGACAGGGGUUAUAAUAGAGACAGGCGGAGAGGUAGGAAUAGUUUUCAUAAUAGAAAUAAUAGCGGUAAUAGAAAUUUUAGGAAUAACAGGAACAAUAAUAGAUCGAAUAGAAAUCACUCUCCACCUUAGAAUAGAAUCGUUAAUUUCUAGUUUUUAUUAUAAAUUUUUCCAUUGUGUAUAUACCGUUAUUUAUAUUCAAUUUUUUUUAGGAAUAAUUGGUUCGAAGUCUUAAGUUUUUUUUUGUAAACUCUAGAGAUUAAUAAAAUGUUAAAUACAAUCUAUAAAAAAAUAUUUUUUUAUCAAAUGUGUAAAAAGACAUAAAAAGGUACAUGUCAUUGAUAUAAUGAAAAUAAAUUUGUUAAUGUACUUUUUUGGUUUUUACGUGCCAAAUAUAUUAAUAAUUGUAGGGUGUAAUUUUUUUGGAAUGCUAAGUUGCAUUUGAAUUUACAUCAAAUAAGACUGAGUUGGACUGAUUAGUAUUAAAGUCUUUGUUGUUAAUUUUUUCCAAUUACCAAUAUUUAUUGUUAUAGUUUUAAAAUAAUUUGUAAAUUAUAUUCGCGAAGACUUUAAUAAAAGAAGAAAAAAAUCGCCCUGCUACUCCAUCAUUCCUCGUUUGAUAAUUAAAUUUUCAAUCACUUACACUAGCUAAUAUUUCAUCGAAAUUUGUGGUGAAGCUUUAAAUUAUUUAAUCUCAUAUUGAGAUCAACUAAUACGCAUGUUGCGAUGAAAUAUCGGCUAUAAUUAAGAGAUUCUAUUACUUUAAUUUAACAACAUUUAUUUUUGUUACAUUUUUUUAAUGGCAAAUAUUGUACGUACCUACCUUUUAUAUUUAAGUAAAUACAUAAUUUCAUAUUAAUUACAUAAAUAAACAUUAAUUUUUGAAAGUAGUUUCUUUUUCAAAAAUUCAUCUCUAUAACUUUAUUACAAUC